UGCUUUUUCCAUAGUAUUGAAAGAGCCAAUUGCUGAAGCAGGCACAUGGAGAUUUGAUCCACAGGAGAAAGCCUGGUGAUGGAAUGGGGAAAUUGCCAGUGGGACGGGGGAAUGGUCCUGUUGUCUGUCUUCCUUUUCCUUGAUGAGAACAACCGGCUUCGGAAAACCGCUUGCAUCUAAUCUCCUGCGAAAUGAAUUGCUCUGUGGAGAUCUCAGCCAGGAGCUAGGAGCCUUUGCCCAGUGGAGAGCAGGAGCAGCAAGCCCAUUCCUUACAGCUUCUGCCCUUUAAAUGCAUUAUUACUUUUUGGGAGAUUGUGCAAGAGAGAGGAGGAGGAGGAGAGGAGAAGGGAUAGCUGCCGAUCCCUCUGGAAACCACCAGCGUUGCCUGAAGCUGAAAGAAGUGGAGAGGCUGGUCACCAUACUUCCGGACCUCUGCUUUGGUUCCAGGCACCCACACCCCUCCGAUUCGGAGGAGAAGCAAGUUUGCCACAUUAGGAAGACUCUUCAAGCCGUGGAAAUGGAGGAAGAAGAAGAGCGAGAAAUUCAAGCACACCUCUGCAGCACUUGAAAGAAAAAUAUCCAUGAGGCAGAGCAGAGAAGAACUUAUCAAGCGGGGAGUGUUGAAGGAAAUUUUUGAUAAAGAUGACGAGCUUCCCAUACAAAAUGAAGACGGGUCACUGGAAAAUGGGCAGACUCUCAGUUCCAGCCAGCUUUCGCUCCCUGCCCUAGCCGAACUGGAGCAAUGUUCAGCAGCUGGGGAUUCGUGCACAUAUGAUAUGCACCCAUCUCCAGAGAUUAUGGAUGGAACAGCGUCCGAAGAGAGCCCCACGUCUAGUGAAUCUGGAGUCCACCUAUCUCAAGAGCCUUCAUCUAAGCCCGUCUUGCUACUCCCCCCUAAAAAAUCUGCUGCUUUCUCUGGAGACCAUGAGGACACCCCAGUGAAACAGCUCUCCCUCCUCAAACAGCCCCCUGCCCUGCCUCCUAAGCCCAUUGCCCGGAUUGCCAACCACUUAGCUGGUUCCAGUGCAAAAAUAGACUACACUACUGGAUGUCUCAGCCCAUGGCAAGAUCAGAUUCAAAAUCCGGGCGCUCCUGUGAAACUGCCUUGUAUGCCCAUGAAACUGUCGCCUCCGCUACCUCCAAAGAAAGUCAUGAUUUGCAUGCCUUUAGGGGGACCAGACCUCUCUCACUCACCCUAUUCCUCUCAGAAGGGUUCCCAGCAACCACUGGCUCCACAUCACCACACGGUCCUGCCAUCCCAGUUUGUAGCGCACCAGCAUCAGUAUGGCGGCCACAGCCCGCACCUGCCUUCCGGAUCCAACACAUUACCUAUUCACCCUUCAGGAUGUCGCAUGAUUGAGGAAUUGAAUAAGACACUGGCCAUGACUAUGCAGAGGCUAGAAAGCUCUGGUUUACACACAAGUGACAGUGUCACAAAAACUGGACCUGGGGGCCUUUCAGACAUGAGACAAGUGCCAACCGUUGUGAUCGAAUGCGAUGACAAUAAAGAAAAUGUGCCUCACGAAUCCGACUACGAAGAUUCUCCCUGCCUCUACGCAAGAGAAGAAGAGGAUGAGGAUGAAGAAGAUGAUGAUGAUAGUUCGUUAUUUACAAGUUCCCUGGCAAUGAAAGUCUGCAGGAAAGAUUCCUUAGCCAUCAAACUUAGCAACAGGCCUUCCAAACGAGAGCUGGAGGAAAAGAAUAUCCUCCCCAUGCAGACUGAUGAAGAGAGGCUCGAGCUGAGGCAGCAAAUUGGGACCAAGCUGACCAGACGACUGAGCCAGAGGCCAACUGCUGAAGAACUGGAGCAGAGGAACAUUUUGAAACCGCGAAACGAACAAGAGGAGCAGGAAGAAAAACGGGAGAUAAAAAGAAGAUUGACGCGUAAGCUGAGUCAACGGCCAACAGUGGAAGAGCUUCGUGAGAGGAAAAUCCUCAUCCGCUUCAGCGAUUACGUGGAGGUGGCAGAUGCUCAGGACUACGACAGACGGGCAGAUAAACCGUGGACACGGCUCACAGCUGCAGAUAAAGGCCAAGAGUCACUCUAA